AUCUGAGGCAGCGGCAGUUCCCUUGCGCGCUCCCCUCCUGCAGGCUGUGCUCAUUCACACACACACAAACACACACGCACUCCUGAGCCAAUAGGAUACUGGACACACACUCACAUACUCCUAUACUUACAAUCUUCAGCUGGAGGCACACAUAUACACUCGCACUGCUACCUGCAUUCAGAGACUUGAGGUUGUAUCAGAGGCAGCUGCUCAAACUCUGAAUUUGAAAACACUUACUUCUACUUAAGAAACUGUCUCGGAGAAAUGAGGACAUUUAGGAUUUGCGUUUUGGCCGUACUCUUGCUUUCAGCCUGCCAGGCAGCGGACUUUCCCGUCAACUCACACCAAAGAUGGGAUGCCAGAGGACCUUUCUCUUUUGGAUCUGACACUGGUACCCCCGUCUCCUGCCCCAUGAAAUUGAGACCCUCUGGCCAAUGCGUAAGCAGCAGCUCUGGAGCCGGGGCAGAGGACGGUGAAGACUGCCCUUACCAGCUCACCCUGCCUCCCCUCACCAUCCAGCUGCCAAAGCAGUUCAGGCUGCUGGAGAAGACGAUGAAGGAGCUGCAGAGCUUGAAAGAGGUGGUGAAUAAACUAAAGAAUGGUUGCCAGGAGUGCCGCGGCGCUUCUGCACGGGGCAAUGGAGCUUUUGGAAAUCAGCAGGCGGACCAGGGACAGACGCUGCAGGUCCCAAACACAGGGGAAGAAGUGAAGCUGAAUGUGACAGGACAGGAGGUGCAAGGAGGAUCCAGCAAAGAGGAGAGGGGAGACGGAGCUAGUGUGGAUGUUGGUGGAAUUGGGCAAGGCACUAAUUUUGGGAGGAUUACUCCAAGCCCGAACACAGUUCAGGAGAUGCAGGUAAGAAGUGGCACAAUACUUCAACAAAAUACUAAAAGACAGUAAGACACUUAAAUGUGAAAUGCAGGAUUUUGCUUAGGAAUAAGUCCUCUUUUCCUCAAAUUAUACUUGGUUACAGGCAAGGUGUUAAUGUAUAGACUCAUCAAAUCUUUAUUGUAUACAUUUCUGAUGACUGAUGUUGAUUUAAGUUAGUAGUAAGCUCUGUCAGGAAAUCUUAAACCAGGAAAGGGAGCAAUAAAGGCUUACACUGCCCCAUUAUAGAUUUAGACAAACAGUCCUGUGAUAUUGCACCAAUUUCUGUCACUUCAUCUGGUUCAUGUUGAGUCUUGGAAACCCAGCAUCAUAAUCAUCCUCGCAACACUUAUCUGGACAAACUAAACUCAAAAAAUGUGCUUUACAAACACUGGAGGAAUUAUGUCACCAAAGUCUGUUUAGCCAAAUGAAUCCAGUUGGAAUACAAACAUGUCAGAUGUUUAAAAGGACCUGUAAAGUCCUACCGGGCACCCGUCCAUCAGGGAAAAUUCCUGGUAUUAUAAACAGGGUGGGGAAUCAGCGUCAGACAACCAUUGCCCUGUCUGCUAAGUUUGUUGACUCUCACAGCCAGUCUGGCGGACGGCCAAUCAUCACGCAGACUCGUUUUGUAUUCUAUAAUUUCUAAUUGGCUGCUAAAAAACAAUAAAGGAGGCUGGUGACUCCAGUAAUCCACCUGCUUUGUAUUCUGUGCACACAAAUAAUCCCCCACCCUUCCCCCCCACUCUCUGUCUCAUCACUCCGGCCCUUUCCCAGGUGAAGCUGAAUAGGAUGUCAGUCAGCCUACGCAAUGCCAGGAGCCAAAUCUCGGCUCUGCAGGGCCGCCUGGAGGGGAUCAACCUGCUCAACAUGGAGAACGUAAAAGCCAUAGUGGACAGGAAGGUGGAGAAUAUUACCGGACUGGUGAACAAGAUCAGCUCCACCUGCACCACCCAGUGUGCAGUGCAGAGCACACCUCAAUGUAAGUGCUUUUACAAGAUUUUCUUUUUUUACCUUGAAUGCUCCACUUUUUCUUUUCUCUUUUGCUUUCCCACAUCUUCUCAGUAUUUCAACAUUUAUGUAUUCUCUUUGACUCAAAAAAACAUUUCUGCUGUUUUCUUUUCUAUUCUCUUUUCUUUGCUGUCUCAAAAAGAUGCCAUUCCUCUUUUCUCUUCCUCUCUUGUAUUUUCUUAUGUUUCUCAGCAUGAUCUUGAUUGAUUCCCUUUUCGCUCUUCACUUCUUUAUUUUCUUUUCUGUUGCCUCAAACCCAUCACAUGCUCUUACUGUUCAAAACUCAAGCACAAACCAGGUAAGUCCUUCAUUUUGGGUUGAUGUGAGGUGAAUUUUCUGGCAUCAAUCUAUCCAAUCAUGCCUAAGUGGACAUGGUGACUUGUAAUCACUACAAAAAGCCCAGCUCAGGGUGCUCACCUUCACCUAAUGUGGCCUCUUUGGAAUCUUUGGAGCUGACUUUGACGUUUACUAUACAGACACUGUGAUUUCUUUAUUGCUACAUGUUUUCUCCAUCAAGAAUAUGAGGAAAUUUACCUUUUUUGGGGGGUGGAAUUUCUAUAUUGUGCAAGGCUCAAAGGCCCACAGUACCAGUCCAGUGUUCUCAAGUUGCUAUGGUGCAGCCAUAGCAACAAUUAAGGCAGCAAAAUAGCUAAAGUUUGAGGUCAUGCUGAACAGAAGUGAUGCAAUAUGACAACCAGGGUCAAAGUGAGAAUUAAAAUUCCCUCUUAUAUAACAACUUUAAGUGCUCUGGCAUUCCAUUACUCUCCAUAUGGAUAAACUCCAAAAGAAGGGAGGGUUAAAAGAGACAAAUACGAAACUCCUUAAGAACAUGGCGAGGACAUUCAUGAGAUAAAAGUUUCAACAGUCUUUUAAAUGUCUUUUAAAUGAGGUUCAACUCAGUGAGGACCACAGAGAGAGGAAACUAGUGAUAAAAAUAUUUAAAAAGAGCAUUCAAACUAGCCAGGCAUAACAAACAACCCACUUUACACUGACGUAAAAGCCUAUUUGGAUGAUGGUGCAGUUGAAAGGCAAGGCUACUUUGCUACUUUCAGUCUAAAACUGAAUUAUAUCCUGUGAUUGCAUGAGUGAAUGUGAAUGUGAAUGUGACACUAUAUUGAGGCUUUUAUGUUGAAAACAUGCAAGCUUAUUUCUAAGCAGAUUAGCUGGGACAGUGGUGUGAAGGGAAUCCCUUUUUUCCCUGACUUCUUCUACAUUUUCUCCCAUCCUAAAUGUGCCUCUCUUCUCCUUCAGAUCUUGUCCUCUUUUCCCUUUUACAUUUAUCCUCUGUUCUUCAUCAUUCCAUUUCCCUCCCGUAUCUCAACUCUUUUUCACUUCACUUGCUCUUACUUUCUACAUCUCCCUCUCCUUAUAAUCCCUUUUCUGGGCGCCUUACUUUUUCGCUCUCUACCCCCCCUGCCUCUGCCCCGCUUCCCGCUUCCUCUAGAGGUCAUGCUCUUGAGUGUUCAUUCCUGCAUAAAACAACUAGCUCUCAUUAUCUCUUGACAACGACAAGAGGAGUAAUGUGGGCCGAUUUUCCUGACAUUAGUCACGGGUGGUACACGGGGUCAGCAACUUUUGUGUUUGUACAUCAAUCUCAUAUGUAUAUGCAGCAAAAUAGACAAACAAAACUGUUGCAAGUCAGAACAUUGUGCCUGUUUGUUCUGACCAAGAAGAAAUAGAUGAGGGACAGCUGUUGUUUUCAUAGAAAUACACCAAAAUCAGGGUGGAGGCCCUACAGCUUUGCAACAUGAGUAAUACUGUUGCAGUUUCACUAAUGAGAGGUUUUAAUUAAAAAGGGUUGGAGGACAAAAAGGUAUGACGUGAAAGAAGGAGAAUUUUGGCAUACAAUACUACUAAAGUGCAUAAAUCAUCUUUUUUUUUUUUUUUUAAUUCCCAAUAAAGAGUCACCAAAUUUCUAAUAAUUCUGAAUUUAUAUUCCUAUAUUUUCUCUACCCCAUAUGCUGUAAUCCAACUUAGUAUGAAAAAUAUUCUCCAGUUAUUUAUCACGGUACGAAAAGUGCUUAGCCGAGCAAGUCAAGGUGUAAUGGCUCCCCCGACUCCUGAAAAGUGAAACCAUCCAGCUGCCAAAUCGUAGCUGAAUCAUUAAUCUAAAUACUUGUUAAAUGGAGAUUUCCACAAACCACAUUAAAUUGCAGUUUUCAUCUGAAGCAACAGAAACGAGCAUGACUAAAAGGGAGCGAGAUUUUUUAUCAAGAUAACAUUUUCAAGAGAGGCCCCCAGUCUCGACAAAGAGGCCAGAGCAGGCAAACUGCGGUUGAAUCAGCGUACGACAAAAGCAUGCUGAGGUUGAUAAACAACUUUGACAUUCUAAACACAAACUCAGGAUUGAGGCAGUGUUAUUGUAUAUUGUCGAGCUGUUGUGGCACAAGUCAAAUUUCAGACUCUGUCUAACAAUAAAGUCAAAUCGUAUUGUAUCUGAAAUGUCCACAGAGGUUGGCUAAGGCAGUAGCCAAGUAAAAAUGCUGACUAGCCAUGUUUAAAUGGGCACAAAUAAUCUGAAUGUCAUGUAAACAUGUCGAUCGGAAGAUUCUGAUCCAAUUCGGAUCAAUCGUAAAGAAAUUGUAUUAUGAUCAAGAGGGGUGGUUUAUGCCGAUCGUUAUUCCGAAACAAUGUUAACACUUAUUUUGAACAUGACUCUCUUACCUGACUCGGGCUUUGCUCUUUAGCCUUUGGCUUAUUUAUUGAGGUCAGUACAGGAGCUUUCAUUAUUACCACUCUGGCAUAAAACACAACCGCAGGUGCCGUGUCUGCUCCUUCGAUAACAUAACAAGGCGUACAUACAGCGUAAUGAUGUCACAUCUGCACGCACAGUGAAACCUUUGACAGAACUGUAAAAUAAGUAAGCAAGGGCGCCAUCCAUUGACAACAUUUAACAGGGGGAAACAUCCUGAAUGGAGUGAGCCACUACCGCAUUUGUUGGUUUGUUGACAGCACAGGUGUAAAUACGACUCUUUUUCUGUGGUUGUUUUAGCGAAAUUAGAAAACUCUGCCCAUGUAAACGUGGCUACUGUUACUGCUGGAUUGAACAUGUUUAAGGCCAGGAAUUAAAAAAAAAAUACAUGAAAGACUUUCUGGUCUCUCAGUUUUUCUCUUUUAAACAGGGUGUGAAUAAUUUAUAAACUCAUCUGUUUUGAUUACAGUAAGGUUCAGAGUUAUGCUAAAUUACGCAUAAUAAGGUGCAUGGUUGGUUUAACUGACUAGUCGGUACAAUAUGGCGAUUUACCAGGCAGCAACUUUUCCGAAACUUUGAGGCAAAAGGAGAGCCUGGAAAAAAACACCUUAAAAUUUUGUUGAGGACACACACAACAACAAAUGAUGGAUAAACAAGUUUUGUGGGGAUAGUGUAUGGAGAGAUUCCACCCACCAAUGACCAGCCCUCACUCAAAACCCCAAGUCUUGCAAAUCUCUCACAAUUUGCAAUUCAACUUUAAAGGAAGCAAACAUGACAGAUGAGGGAAUGGUUGUCAAGCUCAUUACUUGCUGUAGCAGCAAUUUCUGUUCAAUCUCUGUCAACCUCACUUUGCGAGUUCAAUUGUGUUUAGAUUACAGGACACAAAACAAUUGUGUUGCUGCCACAAUUCAAAAAGUUGGUCCCCUGACUGUGACAUUCAUCUCACUUCAUACUUCGCAUUUACUCUUACCAUUAAUGUAAAUGUUGUGCCUCCUUCUACAGUCACCUUGCUUGAUUGGCCAUUGUCUUGAUACACAUACUAACGCACAGACUACAAUACAAGAACUUCAUUUUACAAUACAAGAACUUUAUUGAUCCCCAAAGAGAAAUCCGCUCAUCCACUAAUAUUCAGUGAUUAAAGUUAAGACGUUUUCUAUAUUACUUUCUUUUCAGAAAUAAGUCAUGUUUAUUGUUGUGUUUAUUACUUGUUGCGGCUGCCAAAGUAAUUACAGUGAAUCCCUGUUGAAGCCAAAUUUUUGACAGAAAAUACAACUGUUUACAGCCACUUCUCUAUUAAUCUGUAUAAAUCCCACUAAGUUCUCUGAAUCUUUCAUUUUUUUUAUUUGCAAAAUGUUUGAUGCACUCAUUGCACUUGGCCCUCCAGAAACACCAAUAUCAAGCCUCUUAUGAUAAUAGAAAAAUAAAGAUCAUAUCCUGCCAAGUUAAAUAGCCUUGUUUAAGUCUUCAUCUGAAAAAAAAAAAACAGUUUGCAGCAGGAUAGCUAAUGUCCCAUGCAGCAAAAAUUUGGGUGUGAAGGCUGGCAUCACUAUAUGCAGAGUAUAAACAUGCACCACAUGGCACAUAACUGUCUUAGAAUUACCAUCCUCGAAAUAGAAAAUCUACCCACAUGAGGCAGGGGAGUAAAUUUCAGAACUUGAUGCUUCAUUUUUAGAGUAAGGAAAAGUGUGUCCACAAUCUUGCUGGAAGCUUGUUGAAAGAAAAACUGAUAGAACAUCACACACCAUUGGAAAAUCUGGAAAGGUAAUCUUUGGCAUCACAAAACCUCCAACACUGUGCAAAAUCUGGUUGCAAGAGGGUAAUCAGGCACAUAAUUAAAAAACCUAUGAAAACCUACAGGAUGUGUGUUGGGCGCGAUCCAUUGCUGUUGUGUUCCAGCUCUGUCUGGCAGUAUGUGCCAUCGCCCACUUGAAGCGUGUUUGGAGUGUAGCAGCAGUGUAGUUCAGCCUUGGACUCAGUAUACAGAAAAAACAACAACAUACCUAUAGCAGGUUGCUUUGCUUGUGGUCGAUUCCCUGCUAAUCAACCAUGGAACAGCGCAUAGAGACCCUUCUGGGACGAAGUUGACAUGCACAGCUAUGAUUCCUCUGUGCGAUGCCACAUCGAUUAGAAUAGGAAUGUAUUUUCGGUGUAGCACAUGAUGCUAAUGGAAUGGGCCAAACCCACAUCGUGUGGGUUUUGGGCUAAACAUCUCUCCAUUCUGAGCUGGUGUUUGCAAUAUGGUGGAUGUUAUUGUAGGGUGACCAAAUGUCCUGUAUUCCUGGGACAUGUCCUAUUUUAACAUCCUGUCCUGGCCAUCAUGGCUGUUUUUUUAAAAAAGUGAUAAAAAUGUCUUAGUGUUCAUUGUUUUUCAUCAGGCCACUAGAAAGAAGAGAAAACUAUAGAUAUAGAAUAUCUUGUUGCCGGGCCGAGUGGUUUUUGGUCAUCAAAAUAUGGUUACCUUGGUUAUUGGGCUUUAUAACACCUCAUCAGAAACUAAUGAGUAGCGACCAUGGUCUAUGGUCUUUUGUUAUGCUUUUUCAUGCAGAGAAGAUGUGGUGGGGGUCAUUUUAGAACAAAUGUCAACUCUCUGGAAAAACUGCACAGGGAUUAGAAACCAGCCACUAUAGUACAGCUCAUUAGGCUACACUAUUCGGAAAGUUCAACCAACAUUUCCACUCUGUGGGGUUAGAAAAAGGCAUCUAAGGACACACUUAACUUUUAUCCCUUUAUCAAACUGCCCUGCACCAAACCCCAAAACACAAGAUUAGGAUGAGCUUAUACAACUCUGGCAAAAUAUUCAAGUAAUGCAGAAAUGCAAUUUCAUCAUCAAGUCUGUCGGUCAUGAUUUUUUUUAUCACUCACAGCCUUGUAAGCAUUUAUCCCAACCUCUUUGCCAAUUCUCAAUUCUCGACCCUGCUGUAAGCACUAUUAUUCACUUUCACUCCAGCAAGACGUAUGAGGGCCUUGAGGUGAAUGGAUAGCAAUUCGUGUUGCUGUUCAGCUACAUUAACUCAAUUAUAAACAAAGAGAAUAGAUGCCUGGCUGACACAUUGUCAGGAACUGCUCAACUGCACACAGCUUCCCAAAGGAAGGGUGUUGCUUUGUCAUGAGUCAAAACAGACAGCAGUGUUCAAUCUAAGCUGUUUUUAUGGGAAGAUUACACUAUCACUGUGGAUAUGUGUUUCCUUCCAGCAUGGCUGCUAAUCCGAGUUAACAACAGGGAAUGCUUCCUUGAUAAAGGUUCUGUUCCUUUCAUGUCAAUCAUGUAUCUGUUUGCAGUCAGUCAAGUAAGCGAUGUGGUUUUAAAGCAAUGGGUUGUCUAUUUAAGCAUUUCAGCUAUCCCUCUUUAACCUCUUUUGGGAAUAAGUUAGCAAGCAGGAAAGAAAACAGAGCAAUCAGCCACCAAAUUAACCAUUAGUCUGUCUUAAUGGUCGCCUGAACAGUUUGACAGUCAAUCAGGCAGUAAGUCAUCAGUAAGCAGCUGAUAUCAGAGUUAUUUAGGUCAGGCAAAGUGCCAGAUGCAGUUAGAGGAGAUGGCUCUCGCCUGUCCAGGGGAUGCUGGUGGCCCAGACAGACAGAUGGGGACAAUAUAAAGAGGGGAAGAAGGAAAGACUAGGAGGAACUACUUUCAGACACUUUGAUGAAAUACACAAUCAAAGAAUUUUUAUUUUGAAUGCUGAAUAGGCAGAGCUGUUCACGUGACAAAGUUAAAUCUUACACCUCACGCUCAGCUUCAAGACUGCUUUCCAUAACAUCUGCAGCCAGAGAUUCCUAAAAAAUUGACAGGAAAACACAGAUGGCUGUGCCGAGUUGUUUUUGUUCAAGUUACAGAUGCCCUUUAAUUUAAUCAAUGAAAAGGAAAACCUCCUCCCUGUUCUCAAAGAAACCUGACGUUUGCCUCUGCAAUCAGUAUGCCCCCCUCCCCAACCUCGCUCUUUUUAUAAUCUACCAAACGCCGAAACAGAUUUAACAGUGUGACAAAACUGUAUCAGCAGCAGAGUGCACCAAACAAACUCUGCAUGCAGCCUGCCCAAUGUCAGGAUGAUUUUGUCCCCAGGUGUUGAACGUGCAGGGAGGGGGUACGCCUCCCUAAUCCACUUUUACACUUUCCCACGUUUUGACAAGUCUGUUCCUUUCAAUUCCCAAAUGCUAACUGACAGGGGCCUUUGGACCUCAGAUUCGAGUUAGGGUCAGUGGCCUGCAGCGCGACACAGGGGACAGGAGCAGGAGUUUGCAAAGUAAGUGAGCAGGUAUAAAAAGAAUUCUUGGGAAGGAGUGGAGCUGGAUGAAACAGGCCUGUGGUGGAGCUCUGGGGAAGGUCACUGACUUUCAUCCUUCUACUGCAGCUUUUGUCCCUUACUUUCUCUCAUGUCAAUUACGAACUGUGAUUUUCAGAAAGGAACAUUCUGUUGAGAAGUUAGAGAUAUAGAAGCUAAAGAUUUUCUGAAGAGCUAAAUGAAAAAUAGGAUUGUGUUUUGUGCUGGGUGCCUCCUGAACUUGAGCUUGAUCCCUUGAGGAACUGGGGAAUAUUCUGGUAACAGAUUGGCUACAGAACAUGCUGAACUACUUUGUGAUAGAAUAAACUGCCCCGGAAAUUAAUGCAGGAAUGAGAGCAUCUAUGAUGGUCAAAGCUGGAUUUCCCGCUAACUUUAUCACUUUCUCUUCUCCCAUCCUUAGCCUCAAGGAGUUUUUCUAUGAAUGCCUCAUGGUUGGGCAGAGAAAGAUGCCAAACAAAAGAUUUUAAAUCAUCAAUAAGUGACCUCUCCUCUUUCUAUACCACACUCUCUCUCUGCCUUCCAGUCAUCUUGGCCCCUCGGGACUGUUCUGACUACAAUGUGCUGGAGGGGAGGAAGAACGGAGUGUACCGUGUGACCCCUGAUCCCCGCAACGGGACAUUUGAGGUCUACUGUGACAUGGAGUCUUAUGGAGGUGGAUGGACCGUGAUACAGCAACGGCUUGAUGGGUCUGUCAGCUUCAACCGCACCUGGCUAGAGUACAAGAAAGGCUUUGGGAACCUGAGGUAAUCAGUUUGAGUAUCACAAAGGCUCCUUUCAAAGGCAUUUUGAGAUUGGGGACAAACCCUUGUUGACAAAGCAGCUAAUGUUUUGGCGUGUGGAACAUCUUUUAAAAACCAAGACAGAGACAAACUUUUUAAAAUUCCCCCAAACUUUGUGGGGUGUAUGCUGCGUUCGAGUUACCUCGGAAGUCAGAAGUCUGAGCUGAAAAUGACACCACACUCAAGUUACCAGUUACCAAGUCGGAAACAGCUAAAUCGGAGGUGGAAACAAGUUGGUUACAUCUAUGAAAGUUAUUUUGACGCUUGCCUUGUCCAAAUAUAAAGCAAGCGCUAAAAUAACUUUCAUAGAUGUAGCCAUCUUGUAACAGGCCUCCGAUUUUGCUCUUUUCCGAUUUUGCUCUUUUCCAACUACGCAGCAUUAUUCUCAAACACUUGAGUACUUCUCUUUGGUAAAAUCAUAAAAAAUUAUUAAAAAAUGACCUGCUGUUUGAUUUUGAAGAAAAAUCAACAGCUAACACACAGCCUCUAAGAAACCUGCAGCAUACUCUUGCACACCUGUGGACCACAAAUUGGCCUUUUAAAAUCUCCUUAGCCGUGCCAACUGGAACCUACCAUUUGUCCAACUAGGGGGUGAGCAAGACAGAAAAAAAUAAAAAACCAUAAGCACAAGCACUGACGGAAACUGAGCAUUUAUUUAAGAUAAACUGAGACAUGAAUAAUUAAAAGAUCAGAACCAGUUAACAUGAAAAACACUGAACUUCAACAGAAUAUGUAACAAAUAAGCUUCAGCUUUCUUCCCUAUCUUGAAAAAGCCCGGUCACUCAGCACUGAGAGGACCUAAUGAUGCACACCUGUCCUUGUGAUAAACAGGCUCACACCUGUUCUAUGUGUCACUGAUCAACACGCGCCAAAAACAUGACACUCUAAUACAUCUGAAGCUUUUUACUCAAUUGUUUUGACUCCAAUGUUAUUUAUCUAACUGCAAAAAUGACAAAACUUUGAUAUUGGAAACAGGUCCCUGUGACAGCAUAAAGGGAACAUUCUUUUAAACCUGAAUUUUGUUACAGUCUUCUGCUAUCAAGGCUCAGAUUUUAUGUCGUUUUCUUUAUCUUCCUCUCUGCUCCUGGCUGAGUUUUACGAGGGGAAUAACCCCAUAUACCUCCUGAUAACCAUGCCUUCAGAUCCAGUAUAACCUCCCACUGAAAGAAUAAUAUCUCCUCUUAUAUUUCUUUUACUGUCACAUCUACCUCUCCCCUCUCCACAUCAGUGGGGGAGAAUAAAUUCAGGUUGAGUUACCCUUGCACAGUUUCAAAAUCAAGUGCUCCAGCAUACUAAAUUGUUUUGAUCUAUUUUCUCUCUCUUCCUGCCACCUUUUCCUUUGCUGAAGAAGUGAGUUCUGGCUGGGCAAUGACCACAUCCACCUGAUGACCAAAGCCAAAGACAUGAUCCUGCGUAUUGAGCUGGAAGAUUUUGAGGGUGUACGGGAGUAUGCAAAGUACGACCAGUUCUACGUCGCUAAUGAAUUCCUGCGCUAUCGGCUGUCUAUCAGUGGAUACAGGUACAAAAUCAGAGUCUGUUAGUGCAUGCAUGAGGGAUCAGAUUGUUAAACUAAAGGGCGAAGUCUGAUAUAAAGUAAUCUUCAUUGCAGUGGGACUGCCGGAAAUGCCAUCAGCUUCAACAAACAUUUCAACCACGACCAGAAGUUCUUCUCUACGCCUGACCGUGACAAUGACAUGUACCCCUCUGGAAACUGCGGCGCCUACUACAGCUCCGGCUGGUGGUUUGAUGCCUGCAUGUCGGCCAACCUCAACGGAAAGUACUACCACAAGAGGUACAAGGGAGUCAGGAACGGGAUCUUCUGGGGAACAUGGCAUAACAUGUCAACGGAGUACUACCCCACCAACUACAGGCAGGCCUUCAAAACGGUCAAGAUGAUGAUACGGCCCAAGAACUAUGCCCCUUAAGAGGACAGGUACAUACACUUGAGUAUAGUCAGAUGGACAGGUAGACACAAAGAAAGACAGUCAGUAAUGGGAGUACACUCAGAAACUCAUACACAUAGUCAGUCAUUUGCACACUUUCACAUGCAUACAUGUAAAAAGAAAAAACGGUUUUAAGCUCUGUAGACAGUUGAAUGCAGUAAAAACAAAAAUAAUUGUUAAACUGUGCUAUACUUUGUCCUUUUUAGUGAGUGUGGCCUUCGAAAUGGUGAAGCAAAAUGAUGCCAAUAAAAAAGAGGACUAUAAACCAUGAUGGGAGAACAAAAAAGAAAAAAAGUAAAAAAAAAAAAAAAUCACCACACAUGCUGUGUAAAGGCCAGCCCCCUAUAGAGGCUAUAAUAUUAUAUGGGGGGUUACCAUGAGAGAUUUUUCACUGUUUCACUGACAUUUCUCCACUUUCUGUUCCGCUGCCUCCUGAUAUAAAACCCAGCGGAGAUGCCGCACAGCACACAGUAGUAGUAAAAAGUAAUGAGCUAUCAUUUCCCCCGCUCUAAAUGGUUUAAUAAUUAAAAGCAGCCACUCAAGUGAGGUAUAUGGAAGGUAAUGAUACAGCUUUGAGUGGGAUUGAAAUUCAUUGCAAAAGACUUCAUGCUGGGGUCGGAGUCAAACUGUUUAAAAGACUACAAGAACUGCAGCAGUGCAGUCGUGCAAAAGUAAUAGUUUCUUUCUGGUUUAUUUAAUAACACUGAGACACUUCCACUAAUGUAUCAUCAUUCUAUACAAUAUUAAAUACCCAAGUAUAAUAAUACGCAGCCUGAGCUGGAUUUUCGAUUGGAUCACACCCAAGUGCAUUCUGGGUUAUUGAUGCUUGAGUAAAUUGUUUGUGACAGCAGCCAAAGAGAAGGACGCUGCUGCAGGAGAAUCAAAACGCUCUUAUUGUUCUUCCAAUCCUCAUCUACAGCUGCAAUGAAGUACAGCACAUUUCUUCAUGCCAUGCACCAGUUUCCACAUGUAAAAAAAAAGCUUACCAGACUCAUCACUUGUACAAUACUGCUGCCUAAUGUUACAAUACUGUAUUGCAUCUUUUAGUCCAUUCUAUACACACUGUGAAUGGGAAGGUUUGGAUAAGUUUCUGCUUUCAGAACGUGUACAGUAUUUAUUUUAUUUUGUGAGAUAUGACAGCUUUUAUAAAAAAAACACAGGGCAGACUGAACAAGGUUUAAUGAUUGUUGAUAUUCGAGCAAUGAUAAAGACUGUGCAUUAUUGUGACCAUUCAUAGUACUUAUGUGUGUGUAUUUGGAGCUUUGUGUGUGUACAAUAUUGAUCUUUUCUAUCGUUCAUAUUCAGCUGUCAUGCCAAAAGAUAUGCACUUUUUGUAUCAAAAAAUGAAUAAAGUUCUAACUACAA